AUCGUGAAUCAUUAAACAUCACACUGUUCUUUCGCGUGCUACAUUUUUAUCGUUGUUUACCCAUCUACGAGAACAGAACACGUACGUAGUGGAUUUUUAAAUUUAAACAUUUCUCACACAACAGUAACGGUAUGAUCACACGUUAACUAACUCAUUCUAUACACAAAUCAUUUCGUUUCUCACUCAAUCUCACUCUCUCACUGUUUAAUGGACCCCGACCUUGUUUGUCCACAAAAUGUUAUCAAAACGAUUUCUUUUGAUAACACGCGCUUAUACGUUUUAACUUACUAUAAAUUUCGAUUUUUUUUUUCGCAUUACCCCCUCGCCAUCAUGAUAAUUCGUAACAAUAACAACAAUUAAAAAUAAUAUAAACCGUGACGAACUGAUAGUGCAGCAAUGAUCGUCGCACUCGAUCGUCGUCUGAAGUGAACAAAACAAUUAGAUAAAACUUAUACUCGUCCGUCUUGCCGCCGCUGUGCAUGCGCAAUACUAAUUGGUUUGACGUCGUUCGUUUCGCAUAAAACCACAGCGGUGGUUAAACGUUACCAUUACCAGUUAAUGUUAUGCGACGCAGUCAGUAGUCUGCGGACCUAGCGAUUCGCCGUCGUCGAUGGUGUUGUUGGUGUUAUUGUGCCCCGCGCGGCUAACGCAACGACAGCCAGGAGACGCAACUGCAUCGAUUCCGGACGUCGUGAUCCCGAUCAUCUAAAACGAUACCACACAUAUCUCUGGUCCGUCCACAGUGGCUAGGUUUGUCUAACAGAAUUCAAAAUGGUUCCAAUGGGCUCAAUAUACAUGUAUGUCACUUCUGGUGUUAUUUUACUGCUUAUUGCUGUAUAUUUUUACUACAAAAAUAUAUAUAGCUACUGGAAAAAAUUGGGAGUGUUUCAUAUUGAGCCUGAAUUUUUUUUUGGAAAUUCAAAAGACCGUGUUCUUUUCAGAAAAUCAUUUCAUGAGUUUCACAGGGAUAUGUAUUUUAAAUUUAAAGGACAUAAAUUUGCUGGAUUUUAUCUUGGUCGUCAAGCAUCAUUGGUAGUCCUUGAUCCAGAUCUCAUUAAAUGUAUCUUGAUUAAAGAUUUCAAUUAUUUUACGGACCGCCAGAAUAUGAAUUUUCGAACAUCUGAGUACAUAACUGAAAUGUUGUUGAAUCUUAAAGGUUCCAGAUGGAAAGGAAUGAGAAGUCAGUUAACCCCAGCAUUUACAUCAGGAAAACUUAAAACAAUGGAACAUCUUAUAGAUGUCUGUUGUAAUAAUAUGAGUGAAUUUUUAAAUGAAAAUAUUAAAAGUGAAGAUGGUUCUCAACCAUAUGAACUGGAAAUGAAAGAGUUUUUUGGCAAGUUCACCUUAGAUGUUAUUGCAACUUGUGCAUUUGGAAUGGAAUCAAAUUCACUAAAGGAUGUUGAUGGUGGUUUUGCUAGUCGUGUUUCAAAAUUUGCUAGUUUAAGCAUUUUUAAACGUCUAUCACUCUAUAUAGUACUUCUAUUUAUGUCAGGCAUUGCUCGAUACAUACCGUUGUCUUUUUUUAAUAUGGAAGUAAUAGAUUUUUUAGCCAAUGUCAUUAAAGAGGCAAAGAAGUACAGAAAAUCUACUGGACAAAAACGAAAUGAUUUCUUACAAUUGUUACUGGAUAGUGAAAUUGAUAUUGAUAAAAAUGAUGAAAACAGGCAGAAAGAAGCUACUUUAACCGAAGCUCAAGUGAUUGCACAAUCUAUACUAUUUUUGAUUGCUGGGUUUGAGACAUCCAGUACACUAUUGGCUUUUAUUAGUUAUGAGUUGGUAAUCAAUCAGAAUAUACAGGUAUUACUAAGAGAAGAAAUAUAUUCAGUAUUGGAACGACACAAUGGGAAAUGCACAUAUGAGGCUUUGCAAGAAAUGCCACUGUUAGACAUGGUGUUGAUGGAAACCUUGAGAAUGCAUCCACCUGUAGCACAAUUGCAACGAAUAUGCACCCAAGAUUAUACUUUACCUGAUUCUAAUGUAUUACUGAAAAAAGGAACGUCUAUACAAAUACCUGUUAUUGGGUUGCAUUAUGAUCCAGAGUAUUAUCCUGAUCCAUACAAAUUUGAUCCAUAUAGGUUUUCUUCGGAAGAAAAAGCUAAACGUUCGCAUUAUGUUCAUUUACCAUUUGGUACAGGCCCAAGAAAUUGCAUUGGCUUAAGAUUUGCCCAGAUGAGUACAAAAAGAGGUAUAGUGCAGAUACUAAAAGACUACUCAAUUGAGCUGAGCAGCCAAUCAACGGUACCAUUUGAGUAUAGCAAAAAUUCUAUGAUGCUUAAGGCCAAAAAUGGUAUAUGGCUGUCAUUAAAAAAGCUGAAUGUAAGUUGUUAAAGCUAAUAAUUAAAAAUCAGUGUAACUGAUUUUAAUUGAUUAAUAAAGCUAUUUUUAUUUGAUAUUAAAU